GCACUUUAUUUCAACGCACCUCCAUGCUGUUUGUUGAUGGUGACCUUCUUCAUUCUGUAACAUAAUUCGUACUAUUAUUAUCACACACAUAUGUUGAUAGUUGUUUGAUUGUAGUUUCCAGCGUUGCAGAUGUUAUGAUCAUGGCUUUAAACGCAAUUGGCCAGCCUUGCAAGGACUUGUUUAGGUGUCUUCAGGCAGUUGUCACCCACAGGUGCUUGCAAGCAACAUCCAAAUUUCACUCUACAGUCUCUCAGUCAAACUCCAACAGGACUUGUGUGGUCUGCUUUGGGAGGCAGAAAUAUGAGAGGAUGUAUCCAGUUCUGCUCGUUAGACCAGACGGCUCUACCAUCAACAUCAGAUAUAAAGAGCCUAGAAGAAUAAUGAUGAUGCCUGUGGAUAUCACCACCCUCUCUGAAGAGGAGAGGAAAAUCAGGAUGCGGAAAAGAGAACCAAAGAGGGGAGCUGUCAAACAGAAAUUGGAGGAGUUUGAGGAUGAUUUCAAAGUGGAUGAUUACAGCAAAUUCUGGAAAAAGAAAUGAAUGGACUGAAAUCUUGUAGUUGAUUACUCUUUACAAAGUAUACAUUGUCUCACAUGUACAAUUUUUUUUAUGUCACCUUUUUAUUAAAAAGUCUUGUUUUAUGUUUAAAGUCUUUG